GUGGUUUUCUAUGCAUUUGCUAUAACUGGCAUAAUGCUAUUUCAAGGUGCUGUUGUUCCCAUGGGAAAUAUCAGUGCUAUCAAUACAACGUAUGGUAACGGCACUCUGCAGUGUGGGACCUACGAACAGCUGGAAUAUUGGCCGAACAACUUCGAUGACUUUGCUGCAGCAGUGGUGACUCUCUGGGAUGUGAUGGUGGUGAACAACUGGCAAGUCUUCUUGGAAGCAUUUUCGAGAUACUCAAGUCCGUGGGCAAAGAUCUAUUUUGUAGUUUGGUGGUUGAUCUCCUCUGUCAUCUGGGUUAAUCUCUUCGUAGCUUUACUUCUAGAGAACUUUAUUCACAAGUGGGACCGUCGCUGUCAUCGGGAGCCUCUUUCAGAUAUUGAGUACCAGAGGACAGUUGAACUAAUGUUCAGAGAUGUUUUGGAAGAACCUACAGAGGAAGAGCUGAUGGAAAAACUGCACCAGCAUCCACACCUGCAGUUAU